UUCUUUCUAGUUUUGUGAUUGUAAAUAUUUUAUUUUAUAUGUAAAAAAAAUGUUGUGAAUAAAUUAGGAAGUAUUCAAUAAAAUACAUGUUAUUUUUAUUUAAUAUAAAAUUAUUAAGGAUUUGAGAAAGAAAAAUAUUUACGUCUCGACUGACAUAUACGAAAAGCUUUAUUAUUAAAUUUAAUAGUAUAAUAAAUACGUAUUCGUAUAAAAAGUUUAAUUAAAAAUACUUUAGGAAAACAUUGGCAAGGAGCAGAAAAGGGAAUAUCUUUAACUUGGUUAUACAGGAUGGUCCAAUUAGUGACUUCAACAUUUUUUUAGAUUCCUCGCACCUGGCGGUAUUCGAAAAUACCCCAUGUAUGUUCCGCGAAUUUUCUUAGUUUUCGAGUUCUAUUUUUUUUUUUGUAUUUUUAAUGCUUUAAUCCUUAAAUAAUUUAUUUUAUAAACAAUCAAUAUUGAUAUUUAUGCUCUAUAAGCCACACAAUCAUUUUAUUUAUCUGGGAUGGAGUCUAACCCAUUGACAUCGUAGGCGUCACCAGUUACCCUUAUAUCACGUUGGUAUAGACUGCGAUCCCACCUAUCAAUGAGGGAGCGCCGAUAAUGAUUUCCUAAAGUAAGAUUGUGUAUGUGGUAAAGACCCCAUCCCGGUAAACCUAAACCUGCCGUUAUAAUGAAGAAACUUGGAAGAAUUUCGUACCACAUACUUUUUAAAAAUGGAACAAAGUAUGGACAAAAUACCAAAACAGUAAUUCAGAGAAUGACAGCAAAUUCUGUGUUGCCAACAGAUAAUAUAAAUUCGGUACAGCGAUGUUACCAGCCCAAUAAUGUAACAUUCAAUAUCGAAUCAUCAUCAAAAAUGGCAGACGUCCCGAAUGACUGUGAUUUUCCUAUUUGGGGAUUAUUACCGAAAAAAGAGACUGGAGUUGUUUCAUUUAUAAACAAGAAUCCAAACUAUGAUGGAAGGGAUACCGUUAUUGCCAUUUUCGACUCUGGAGUGGACCCUGCAGCGACAGGUUUGCAGGUGACUCCCAACGGAGAUAGAAAGGUCAUAGAGAGAUUUGACUGCAGCGGUUGUGGGGAUGUUGAUACUAGCACGAUUAUAAAAGAAGUUGCAGACGGUUGUAUCACCGGCCUUACCGGUCGGAAGUUGAAGAUUCCUGAGUCAUGGAGUAAUCCAUCAGGUGCUUGGCGUAUUGGAAUCCUUUAUCCAUUUAGUUUAUACCCAACAAAGCUCAAGGAGCGCAUCCAGGAACAUCGCAAAGAACACAUUUGGGAUGUUGGACAUAAGACAGCAUUUGCUGAAGCCAACAAAUGCUUACAGGACUAUGAAAAUGACGGCUCAUCAAAGAGCUCCAAUCUUAGCCUCAUGGAAAAGUUUCAAAAAGAAGAAUUGGAAGCUAGAGUUGAAUUUCUUCAGAAUGCAGAAAAAAAAUAUAGUGAUAUUGGCCCUGCAUAUGAUUGUGUUCUCUUUCAUGAUGGAAAAGUCUGGCGUGCAUGCAUUGAUACAUCAGAGUCUGGAGAUUUGGCAUCUGGCCCAUUUCUUGGAGAGUACAGCAUUACUCAGGAACACACUCAAUUAACUCCACUUGACGAGAUGACUAUCAGCAUUAAUGUCCAUGAUGAGGGACAAACUCUUGAAGUUGUUGGAAUGUGUUCAACCCACGGUACACACGUUGCGGCAAUUGCUGCUGGUUACUUUCCGGACAAUCCUGAGUUGAACGGCGUAGCUCCUGGUGCUAAGAUUGUCUCCUUGACUAUUGGAGACAGUCGACUGGGGUCCAUGGAGACGGGCACUGCUUUGGUCCGAGCAUGUAUUAAAGUCAUGGAACUUUCAAAAAAGAUGAAAAUUGAUGUUAUCAACAUGAGUUAUGGAGAACAUGCACACUGGUCAAACGCUGGGCGCGUGGGCGACGUCAUAUGCUCGGUGGUGAACCGGUACGGGUGCGCGUGGGUGGUGUCGGCCGGCAACCACGGGCCUGCGCUGUGCACAGUAGGCGCGCCUCCGGACAUCGCGCAGCCCAUACUUAUUGGUGUCGGUGCGUAUGUGUCGCCGGAGAUGAUGUCGGCUGCGUACUCGAUGCGCGCGCGGCUCGGCGGUGGCGCUUUCAGCUGGAGUUCGCGCGGACCCGCGGCCGACGGCGCGCGCGGUGUCAGCGUGUGCGCGCCCGGCGGCGCCGUCACCUCCGUCGCCAGGUUUACAUUAAGAAAUUCACAGCUAAUGAACGGCACUUCUAUGGCAGCGCCUCACGUCGCCGGCGUAGUUGCGGCAUUGGUGUCUGGUUUAAAGGCGAAGAAUUUACCUUACUCACCUUACUCUAUAAAGCGGGCGUUGGAGAAUUCUGCCACGUAUUUGAGUCAUGUGGAGCCUUGGGCGCAGGGAAGCGGUCUUGUUAACAUCGAAAAGGCUUUCGAACAUCUAACAACUUAUUCCGCGGAAUCCGAACGCGAUGUCACGUUCAACAUUCAGUGUGGCACCGGCAACGCUAAGGGGAUCCUAUUGAGACCUAAAUUGAACGAUGUGCCCAAGGACAUAGGGAUCACGGUCGAGCCCCAGUUCCUACAGAACCACCAAGACGAGGAGAACAAGUCGAUAAUUCCGAAGCAGAUCUCGUUCGGUAUCAGGCUGGUUCUGUCGUGCGACGCGGCGUGGAUAUCGCUGCCCUCUUACUUGGACAUGAGCAACGCUUCCAGGCCUAUAGCAGUUAGAAUAGACACUACUGCUUUACCGCCGGGACCGCAUUACGCGAGUAUCAACGCUUACGACGUGCGGUGCAUAGAGAAGGGCCCCGUGUUCUAUGUGCCGGUGACGGUACUGCAGCCGGGGGCGUUGCAGCUGCAGCCUGCACUGCAAUGCACCCGCGAGCUGUUCCGCCCCGCAGACAUUCAGCGCCGACUGCUCAUUGUGCCCCCGGAAGCCACGUGGGGUGUGUUAAAGAUAUCGACCGAAGAGAAGGAGAAAACGGGCCGCUUUCUAGUCCACACGAUGCAGAUAUUACCGCGCAAGUCGUGCCGCUGCCACGAGACACAGAAGAUGAUCAACGUCACUUCGGAAGCACCAACCUUGCUGCCCUUCCAGGUUAUGGGCGGAGUGACGUUAGAAGUGGCCAUAGCCAAGUACUGGGCGAACAUAGGCGACCUGACCGUCGACUACAGCGUGGAGUUCCACGGGCUCAAACCGGACUGUGGUUCUCGACUAACUAUGGCCGCAGUGGACGGCGUGCGGGGCGUAACCCUGUGCGCCCUCCGUCUGCAAGACGUCGCCCCGCACGCCGUGCUCAAGUAUGCCGAGCCCGUCUGUAGGCCAACGGAGUCGAAAUUGGCACCACUGACGGCCCGGGAUGUGAUCCCUCCGAGCCGGCAGAUCUACCAGCUGAUCAAUAUCUAUAACUUCCAUAUAGCGAAAGCCACAGAGGUAUCACCAAUAGUGUCUUUACUAUGCGACAUGCUCUACGAAUCUGAGUUUGAAUCGCAAAUGUGGAUGUUGUACAACAGUUGCAAACAACUCAUGGCUGUGGGCGACGCGUAUCCUUCUAAGUAUUCUGUAAAAUUGGAAAAAGGCGAGUAUGUUUUGAGGCUAAACAUUCGACACGAGAGCCGCGCUUUACUGGAGAAAUUGCAAGAGUUACCCGUUCUAAUACAGCAACGGUUACCGCAACCACUUACCCUCGACGUGUACUGUUCUCAACACCAGGCUUUGAUCGGCGGCAAGAAAUUCAGCUCCGCCUCACUGUCUAGUGGGAACGUUAUGCCGCUUUACUUCACAGCCGUGCCUUCCGAUAAAAUCAGUCGAUCAAACCUAACAGUAGGGCACACUUUAACGGGCACGGUGACGUUUGCUAAAGACGAACUAGGGCGUAAAGUGGACUCUUAUAGCCUUCAGUACAUAGUGUGUGAACCGCCCAAAAGGCCCAACAAUACUAAGGACAAGGAGAAGACCAAACCCAGCGACGAUUACAUGGACGCUUAUAAAGAGUUCUCCACCAAUUGGCUGGGAAAACUGGAUGGCGAGAAAUUAGAGCAAGUUUACGAAGAAAUCUUAGAAAAAUUCCCUGGGUACUUGGGGGCGCAUAUCGCAUACAUGCAUGCCUUAGACCCACCCACAGAUGCUAAGAAGUUACCUCACGCCACUGAAGCUCCCGACGUGACGACAGCGUGGUGCGAAAAAAUUAUCGCCAUUGCUGACAAGGUUCUGAAAGCGAUAGAUCAAGAAAAGCUAUUAGCGUAUCUAGGUAUGAAAAACGACAGUAGAGGCGAUGCCAACAAAAUUAAACAAGAACAAGAGAAGCAGCGCGGCUACGUGAUAGAAGCGUUGUGUCGCAAAGGCACUGCUAUAUGCCGUCUCUGUGCUUUAGCGGGCGGCGUCCACGGAUCGCUGGCUGAUUCCCUAACUUCCACCACUGCUGAUUUGCUCAAGUUCACCGACCUUACUGACGGGAAGGUGAUCCACUUCGGAAUAUGGCACUGCUUCACUCUAAAACAUUGGGGGCGGGCUAUCAAACUCCUACAGAAGCUCCAAGAAGAACGACCAUCAAAGGAAGCGGAGGAACGCCUAGUAGAAGCUUAUACGCAACUACAGUGGCGCCAUCUAGCCCGUCUUACUACCGCUGCCAUACCUUCAAAGUAUCCACAAUCUUACCGUCCUUUCUGAGAUACCAUUUAAUACAGGCGUACGCGCAAAACAACAUUCUAUUUAAUAUACAGGCAAUCCUCAUACUUACGGCAUGUUAAGUUCUCGAAAUACGCGUCGUAAAUCGAAACGACGUAAGUCGAGACAUCCCCACGGACGCCGGCCCCACGAACAUUGACCUCGCGACAAGUGAAUUCUCCUAUGCCGGAAAUCGAAACAAUUGACGUAGGCUUGAGGAAUAGUGUCAAAACAUUGUUCGACGUAACUUGAAACGACGUAAAUCGAAACGACGUAAGACGAGGACUGUCUGUAUAAAUAUCUAAUAAAAUGCUUUUAAAACUUUUUUACCAAGAUACCUUUCGAGGUUUCCUUGUCACAAGUUAAAUGUACCAGCUUUAUUAAUCUUUUAAAAGAACUUUUUUAUUAAAAUGAGUAGCGUGCGCUAUAUAAUAGAAAAAACAGUUAUGUAUUCAUUAAUUUUAUCAGCCGAUAACUCUAAAAAGGAAUAAUAAAUGGCUCUGUAAAUCGAUGUAAGUAAUAUUGAAUAUUAAAAUCUGCAUAAUAAUGUAAUUCAAAGAUUAUUUAUUUACAUAGCAAUAGACAAAAAGCUUAACUAAUUGACAAUAAAGUUACCACUAUUGAUACAAACUUAUGAUGAGGUACAGUCGAAAACCGGUCAAGUGCCCAUAAUAGAUUUUUUUUUUCAACUGACUUUAAACUUUAUUCUGUUUCAUAUAAGAUUCGUAAUCAAUAAUAGAGAACAUUUUGGGAAUUGUGGUAGCCUGAUGUGUUGUUGACUGUACAUCCCAUAGUUGAUUUGAGUCACAAAGAGAUAUGGUGCGAUAUUGCUUUUUUAUAUACCUGGUUAAUGUUAAGAUCUAGAGUUUAUCAAACAAAUACUGCUCAUAUGUAAUCGUCUGUUGCUUUGUGAAGUUAUAUCAUAAAGUUAUUAUAAAACUCAUUUUUCUCAGUAAGAUAUCUUCUAUCACUGCCAUUUUACAGCGUAUCUCGUGUGUGUGUAAAUAACAGCCUAACUGUUGUUAAAUUCCGCUUAAAUGAAGACUUGUGGGUUGACCAUGUUUUUUGAGCAAAUAUUUUAAAGUACAGUUUUGUUUAGGAAUGGCUCAAAAUGGCUCAGUUAUAAAGUGCUCAAAAGUUAUUAUAUACAAAGUUUCGAGCAUGUUUUUAUAACAACAACCGAACGAUGCCUACGUCUAUGCUAUUUUCACUGUCCUCUCGUUCUCAUAUACCAAUCAUAGGAGAUACUAAUAAUAUAGUGAAAAUAAGCAUACCAUUCAAUUAACAAAUUAUUGGAUAUAUAAUUGUUACGCCAUACAUUUUGACACUGACAUAACUAUUCAAAACUGAUACUUUAGACCAAAGCGUGACUCUCUGUACAUGGAGUAACAUUUGCGGUAAUAUAGUCUUUCAAUCACAGCUCAUAAUUAUGACGUCGUGAUUGGUCGAGUUAUUGGGUGUAUUCCGAAAUAUACAUCAGUAUACUGGCCAGUGAUAAUGACGUCACGAAUCCGACGCCAUAUUGUACUGGUAUGCUACCAUAUUUUUCACCGGGAAAACGAAUAUGACGUAUGACUGAGAGUGCGUGAGAUGCAUUCAAUUUUUUUUCUUUUUUAUUUAAAGAACAAUAAUGGCGUCCGAACAAAAAGAAUUUCUUUUAAUUGAUGAGGUGAAUAAAAAAUCUUCUUUAUUCGCACUAUCUUUAAUUUUCUUCGAUUUAUGACGUCAGUGCACUGGCCACUAUAUUUCGAUACAAUUGACCAGUAUAGUGUCGAUUCAUGGCGUCAUUGGCACUGGCCAGUAUACUGGUAUAUAUUACGGAAUACACCCAUAAUCGUAGUCUCGUCGCCGUUCAACGUUGGGUUGUCAUAGCUAAAAGUAUUGUGCUUUUGUGUAUACAAUGGUUACAAUAUUUCUUCGGGAGGUUCUACAGUCUUAGCGAUUUUUAUCUUGUUGAAAGUAUGAGCAGGUACCGUGAGUUAGUCCAGAGAACUUUCGAUAACUGAAUUACUGCCAAAAUUAUAUCAUGCUGAUUCGAUUUGAAAGAAAAAAAAAACGCUUGUUUAUGACAAGCGUUAUGGACUUUGCUCUCAGUAAGAGCUAAGCUAAAAAUAUUUGACUCUGGUGAGACCCAUAGAGGUAUCGCAAAAAAUCAAACAUAAAAUGAGAAUUUCUAAUACUUCUGUACGCUGGUUUAAACUAUACUAUGCUUGCGUUAAUGCCUAUAUUUUACUAACAAAUGGUUAACCAUAAUGCCAUAGUGCUUAAGGUGAUGUUUUUUUUUAUAUAUUGUAUAUUUUUUAUCCUUCGUCACUACGAAGUGAGCUUCGUCUCGUGACAAUUAUCUAGUAAAAGAAUUCGAUAUGAACUUCUAUGCAGUCAUUGCAUUUUUACCAAGUCUGACAAUGUACGAUUGAGAUUUUUGUUUUUUAACCAAUCAAUGUUUGAUAUUGAGAUAAUGAAAUUGCUCUCGAAGAUAAGGUUCAUAACAAUAGUUUCGUAAUGAACUCUAGUUUGCUUAAGUUUUAUGGAAUACAUUUAGUACGUCAUGUUUCAUUUUACAACAGGGUGCUCUUUACUGCUGUGUUCUAGUAUGUUUUAGUAAGACAUAUCGAGAUGGUGUUAUCUUUGUAAUCCUAUAACUGUGUAUUAGGUCGUGUGUUUCUAUCUAGCAGGGUCACUCGAGCUAGACUUAAAAUAGGAGUGGUAUUGCUUUGCAUGCUCAAUGUACCUCAUGUAUUUAUUAACAAGAUUAAAUUUACCUCAACAAUUUUAUAACGGGUAAUUACGAUAAAUCACCUCAUUCAUCCAGCAAUUUUUAAGUACUCCGAGCGUAAUAAAGCCGAUUUAUCGUAAUUUCUAUCUAAACGAUUGAGGUAAAUUGAACCUUGUUAAUAAAUCCAUGAGGUACAUUGAACAAGCAAAGUAAUACAACUACUUUUUUAAGUCUAGCUCGAGUGGUCCCGCUAGAUAGAAACACAUGACUAGAUCGAGGAGGUGUUAAUAAAAUAACUAUUCUGCUAGUGUCACAGAUAAAGUCGUUAUGAAACACCCAAUUUGUAUAUAUCGCAAAUCAAUGCAUCUUACAGUUCGGAUGAACAAAGUGAUUCGACAAACACCUUCAUACAAUUCAUGAUUAAUCUCAAUGGAUUUCAUUGUGGUUUAGUUUCUGAAACGAAGGUGACCUCAGUAGUGUAAUUUAACGUAUGAACAACAGAACAGAAGCAUAGCAAUAAUAUUGUAAUAGAUAUUUUAUUGUAUAACUAAUACAUUUUUAAUAUGUAUAUAUUUUAGCAAAUACCUAAAACAUUAGUUGCUUAUCCUAAAAACAUAAGCUUGAUAUUGAAAUAAUGAAAUUGUCGAAACAGAAAUGAAAUUUUAAAUACAGUCUUUGUUUUAGGAUAUACAACUGAUGGUUUUAUGCCAUAUGUAUAUAAUACAAUAUAGGAAUAUCUGUAAACAAUAACAUAUUAAUCUUAACUGCGGAUUAUAAUAAUAUGAAUUUAAUCAAAUAUUUUACUUGUUCUGUUUUCGUAUAUAUGCGGAUAUUUUUUACUUAUAAUUAUAUUUUCGACGCGAUAAUUGAAAAAAUUCAAAUAUUUGAGUGAUUGAUAUUGUUUUCCAAUUCGCAUAAGGAUGUUUUUAAACUGAAUAGGCUUCAAGUUAUAUUAUGAAUAUUUUUAUGUGAAUUUGUUUGCGAAUGUAGAAAGUAACCCCCCAGGGUCUGUAGACUGCAGUUGAUUAAAACAUUAUAAUUCAGCACAAACAGAGUAUUUAUGUACUGGAAAGAAUUCAAGUUAGUGCUUCUUGAUACUGAAUUCAUAGAUAUUUUGUUAAGAGAAUUGUUCGUAAGGAUGGACGGCGAAAUAAAUAUUAUUUGAUGCAUA